AUGGACAUAAAAAUGAAACUCCUUACUUUCACCGCUCUUCUAUCAUAUGUCCAUGGUCUGUCAAUACCAGAUCGGCAAGAUGGAUCGCCUCGGGUGGUUGGCUUGCCGCUACAUCGCGGUCAGAUUGGAGACCCUGUCACACACGAUAGGAACAGGAUGCGGAAAAGAGAUGGCACCGUCAAUGCAACAAUCGAUAACUUGCAAAGUUUGUACUUCCUAAACGCUUCACUUGGAACUCCGCCACAAAGUGUACGAUUACACAUAGACACUGGAAGCAGUGAUUUGUGGGUUAACACACCAAGUUCUCGGCUCUGCUCGAUGAGGAAAAAGCCUUGCGCCGAAUCUCUCGUGUACACAGCCAAUUCUUCGUCAACGUACAAGUAUGUCAGCAAUAACUUCAACAUCUCCUACGUCGACGGAUCAGGCGCAGCAGGAGACUAUGUCACAGACACAAUAAGCUUCUCCGGGGUGAAAAUAGCCUCAUUUCAAUUUGGAGUUGGCUAUGAGAGCACCUCACAGCAGAACGUACUAGGGAUAGGGUAUCCUAGUAAUGAGGUUCAAGUAGUGCGAUCGGGACUCAAACCUUACGACAACUUGCCAGCAAAGAUGGCCGCCGACGGACUAAUCGCGUCUAGUGCAUACAGCCUGUGGCUGAACGACUUGGAUUCUUCAACCGGCGAGGUUCUAUUUGGCGGUGUUGAUAAGGAUCGGUAUCAGGGGAGCUUGAUCAGUCUGCCCAUUCAGAAGGUCAGCAAUGCUUACAACGAGUUCUUUAUCACCAUGACCAGUCUCGAUAUCGGAUCCAAAAAUAUUGGCAAAAAUAUGGCAUUGGCUGUGCUUCUCGACUCGGGCAGCUCAUUAACAUACCUGCCCGACUCAAUGGUGGAGAGCAUUUACAACAUGGUCGAGGCGUCGUACGAACAAUCUCAAGGUGCUGCUUUCGUUAAUUGCUCUCUGCAGAACAAAAUUGCCUCCAUGACGUUCAAUUUUAGUUCGCCGGCAUCUGUUACUGUGCCUAUGAACGAAAUGCUCAUCAAUGUGUCUGACACGGCGGGCGAGCAGCUGACUUUCGAUAACGGCGAACCAGCCUGUCUGUUUGGCAUCUUGCCAGCCGGAAGAUCGUCUUCUGUCUUGGGCGACACUUUCCUCCGUAGUGCCUACGUGGUCUACGAUACAGAUAACAAUGAAAUUUCGCUAGCGAAUACCAGGUUCAACGUCACGACAUCCAACAAGGUUGAAAUCAAUAGUAAUUCAGCCGUACCAUAUGCAACCAAAGCCAGCAACCCCAUCACAGCGACCUCUGGAAUACCUGGAGGGGUCAGCGUUAAGGGCAGCACACAGCAGCCAGGCAACGCGGCGAUUAGUCUCGCCCCAUCAUUAACAGUGGUUUUUAUUACUCAUCUGCGUCUCAAAACCCCAAACACAAGAGCAUGUCUCUCACAACAUCUUUAUGGCCGCCGGACCGUGGCGCCGACUUCCAUGCCGGCCGCUCUGCCCCGGGCCCACCCCGGGCCUGCCCCUCACCGGCGGCCAAAGUCGGCAAGUUGUGGACUCUCCGGGCCAUUUAGAAUGCGGUCGGCCGAUAUGAUGCGACUUUUCUUUGAGACGUAUACUUGCAUAAUGACCUCGCGCCUCAUCCUUCCUUAUUUCCAACUAUUCCCGACCCGCGAAACAGCACGGCAGCAAAGGCGUCCUGCCAGCCCGACCUGCCGUGGGAGUGCAUAA